CUUGUGAAUCCCGAAAACACUGCCAUCCAGCCGAAAGUACUUCCAAUCCAAACACUGCAAGAAUUUGAUGCCGACGCCUUUGUUUCAAAAGGAAAGCUCAAACCAGGAGAGGACAAAUAUGCCGCCAACAAGUUUAAUCAAAUGGCUAGCGACGCCGUGACAGUGGACAGAGAUGUGAUUGAUAGUAGAGAACACCAGUAUGUUUUAACAUACGACCUCACUGCCAUGGAGCCGACAUCCAUAAUUAUUACAUAUCAUAAUGAGGCACGAUCCACUCUACUUCGCACAGUGUACAGCGCGAUGCUUCGUUCACCUCCGCAGCUCAUCCAUGAAAUUAUUCUUGUUGAUGACUGCUCUAAUGAUGAGUCAAUCGGCAAGGACAUUUCACACCUUCAUGGUGCUGCAUAUGCAACAGCUCCCAUUUUAACAUUUCUGGACAGCCAUGUUGAAUGCAAUGUUGCAUGGUUGGAACCACUUCUAGCACGUAUCAGUGAAUAUCCAAAAGCUGUGGUUGCCCCGAUAAUCGAUGUUAUUAACAUGGACAACUUCAACUAUGUAGCUGCUAGCGCCGAUCUUCGUGGAGGAUUUGAUUGGAAUCUGGUAUUCAAAUGGGAAUUUCUCACCGGGAAGUUGAAGGACGAACGCCACGCGCAUCCGACUGCUCCAAUAAAGUCUCCAACUAUGGCUGGUGGUUUGUUUUCGAUCAAAAAGAGUUGGUUCGAAGAGCUGGGGACGUACGACAUGGGUAUGGAAGUCUGGGGAGGAGAGAAUCUAGAAAUGUCAUUUCGUGUUUGGCAGUGUGGAGGUUCCUUAGAGAUAAUACCAUGCAGUCGUGUGGGGCAUGUUUUCCGUAAGCAGCAUCCGUAUACUUUCCCUGGAGGAUCUGGGAAUGUCUUUCAAUCAAAUACUAGACGAGCUGCUGAGGUAUGGAUGGACGAAUACAAAGCGAUUUAUCUCAAAAAUGUGCCUUCUGCGAGAUAUGUGAAGUUUGGAGAUGUGUCUGAGCGUCUGGCAUUACGAGAACGCUUGAAGUGCCAUUCUUUUUCAUGGUAUCUUGAAACCAUUUAUCCCGAACUCAAGUGA